GUCGGAUCACCUGCCCUCCGAACAAGCUACCCCACUGGAAUCCCUAAGCCCUUUCGCUCCUCUCUCCAUACCCAUACCUGCGCGAGUCUCCUUGCCUCCCUCCUUCACCGCGUAGGCCCUGGGCAAAACCUCAUCCUCCUCCUCUCCCCCCCUUACACCCCCCUCCCCCUUCGUCACCCCGAGGGAACCAAAGCAUUCAGCAGGACGGCCGUCGAAGACAGCGCGCUGGCGUGAUUCUCGUCUUAACGGCCUCUGGCACCCAUUGCCCUCCAAUCCUUUAUCUCGCCGCGGUGUCGAGCGUACUACCGACCUUUCCCCUCCCUCCUUGUUCCCCCCACCAAGUCAUCGCUCCUUGUUCUUGUCCACUACUACUACCACCACAAACUCCAACACACUCCCUCCACCGGCAGUCGAACGAUCGCGUUGGUCCGUCCCAACGCGUGUUGUGAUCGUCACUCGGCCCACCCACCCACAGCCCAAGUACAACUUUGACCUUCCCGACAGGUUGUCGUCCAAAGGGCUGACAGAGCUUGUGCCUCUGUAACUUUUUACGUGCAGAGCUUGCUGUGCGCGGUACCCGUUCCCGUCGUCUGCGCGUCGCCCGUCUGCCGUAGCCGUAGCCCCCGCCGCCGCUGCUGCUACUCGCCGCUGGCUGCCCACCGCGCCUUGCAACCUUUACUUUGGUUACGAGGUACUGUUCCUCGAGCCUAUCGCGCAUUAGCGCAUUAGCGCCCCAAAGAUUGGCGUAUCCUUGUCCUGAGCUCCUCUCCUACUCGGGCUCAACCGGCAAGCGUCAUCGGAGCCUCCUCCCCGCUUGAUCGAUCGAACCUGCAUCCGCCGUACCGCGCGCGCGUUGCUGUCCUCUGUUCGCGUUCCUUGCGUCGUAUUUUGGCCAACAAUCCAGCUCCCGGCCGCGGGCACCUUGGGUCUCUCCGCAAACCCGGCACGAACGCACUCCCCCUCGCUGCCCACCCACCACCACUCGAGAGAUCAUAUACAACCCGGGUUUCCAGUCUUCUUUUUCUGAAGCCACCGCAAGCCACCUGCGCCGCACCGAGUGACUAUCCCUCGUCGCGUCGAUAAAAGCAGGUCCACCAAGCUUGCGACAGUCUUGACCGACAACCGCGAUAUGAUUGAAGGCCAGUACGCCCAGCAAAACCAAUUUGACAACCGCGACGGCCGAGGCAGACGUGACGAGUACCCCUCUUCGCAGUCGUACAACACCCCAACCACUACCACCACCACCGCACCCAACCCAGGCUCACCACCCACUUCGGCCUCUCCGUUUGCCUUUGCACCACCCCCCCUCUCAUCAAUUGCAGCAAACUCUUCAAGACCCGCAGCCAUGCACCAGUCUGAACAAGCCCCCGCCGCUCAGGAGUACUCGGCAUACUACGGCCAGCGUAGCCAGGCGGCGCUCCCGGCGGCGCCAGGUGGCGGCAGUGCCGCCAGCGGCGCGUACUCAAACUACUCGGGUAGUCACCCAAUGUCCUACCGCGUGUCGGGCAGCGACAGCACUCGUGCGGCCCCUCCAGCAGCGCUCACGCGUGUCCCAAGCUACUCGGUCAUCUCGCAGGCCGGCGCGCAGCCCUCGCCCACCGCCACCAGCCCAUACUACCCGCCGCCCCGCGCUGCCGGCCAGCCUUACGCCGCUCCCCAGCACUCGCCUCGUGCUGUUGGCGCUUACCCUCAAGCCUACUACCCUCAGGCAUACCAGCCCACUGCUGUUGACAUGCCUCGCUCGCUGUCGUACCCAAGCAACUACCCUGCGCCGUACGCUGGCUACCUCCCCAGCAUGUCGACGCCUACGCUUGUUCCUCACAGCGAAGGCUUGCCUUCGCUCAUGCGCAACCACUCGACCAGCGCCAUCAACGGUGUUCCCGGCGGCGCCAACAUUGGCUACGCUUUCGCCAACCGCCUGCCUCUUGUCGACAGGCCUUUCAAGUGCGACCAGUGUGUGCAGAGCUUCAACCGCAACCACGACUUGAAGCGUCACAAGAGAAUUCACCUGAGCGUCAAGCCUUAUGGCUGCGAGAAGUGUGGCAAGACUUUCUCUCGCAAGGAUGCCCUUCGCAGACAUUGGAUGGUCCGCGGCUGCCGCGGCGAGGAGGGUGCCACUGCCCCGAUCACGCCGACGUAUCCGUUGAAUGGCCCUCCCCCGGCCCUCUCACCUUCGACGCCUCCCAACAAUGGCUCGUCGGGUGAAAGCAACUCGACCUCCACCUCGAGUGGCUACGGCUCCAACGCCAUGUCCUUCUCUCACCCUUCGGCUCCGCCUCCUCUGACUUCGCUCCCCGCUCGGGGUUCGUCGGACAAGUCGCAGAUCAUCCUGACGCCCAACGAGGUCGCCUCGCAGCAGCGCUUCAACAGCAGCGUCAAGCUCGAGUCCUCCGAGUCGGCAUCCGGUGGCCUUGGCGAGUCUGUUGUGAUCGACCCCGCGCUCAGUGGCAUGGACAGCAGCCGCGGCAGUGCCACUUCGCUCACCGAGGGCGACAGCUACUUUGAUGGCGUCAGCCGCAAGGACUCGAUCGGCGCCGUUCCAGAUAGCGCCACGUCGUCGACGUUUUCGCGUUACGCUGCCUCGCCCAAGGACGAUCUGCGCCACCACCCUUACCGCCGCAGCGCCCUUCCUUCGCCCUCUACUCACUCGGUCCAGCCUAGUGGCCUUGGCCCGGACGGCAAGCCAAUCUUCUCGAUGCCGUUCUCGCAGGGCCCUCACGGUCACUCGCUCCUCGCGCCCAUCGAGUCUGACGACCACAAGGAUGGCAACAACGACUGGUCCAGGUGGUGAGCGGCAAGCGGCGCGCGGCGUACGAGCGCCUCGACCUAACCCUCGUGUCCAGGCAACAACGACCCCCGUACCCCUUCCCCUCGUCCGGCUCGUCCUACGCUGGCACUCCCCUUGCCUCGCCAGCCAACAUCCAUCACGACACAAGGUACGCGUAGGACCUUUACAAGUGUCUUUCUCAUCGAUACCCUCGCGUCUCUCUGGGCAUUUUUUGGGCUAUCAUCUUCCAUUUCUCGGCUUCUUUCGACUGGUGUCGUCUCUCUCUCUCUCUCUCUCUC